AUGGCCACACGACGCUCUUCGAGUCGCACAGCGACAUUUGCAGCAAGCCAAGAGGUGGCCAAAGUAGCAUCUGCCUCUCCGUCACCAGCGAAACCAAAACGAAAAGCCACGGAUUCAGCAUCAUCGGUUGCACAGAAGAAUGGAGCCAGAAAGUCACGCAAGAAGGCUGUCGCAGACUCGGACUCGCCAAGCGCACCAAAGUCAGAAGACACAACGGCUGAUCCGAGCUUGCCAAAGAACAUAAAGAUGCCUGCUACAUUAUCGUAUCCACGCCCUACAUCACCUGGAGCCGUCCGCGUCACAUGCUGGAACAUCACCAGCCUCAAGUCGAGCGAGCCCAAGGGAAUGAUGCGCUACAUUGAAGCAGAGGAUGCAGACAUCAUUGUCCUCUCAGAGACCAAGGUCAAUGACGUCCCCAUGCAUCCCGGCCUGACAAAGAUCUACAAGCAUCAAUACUGGGGCAUAGGCAAGAAAAAGGGUUAUACCGGAUUGGCGAUCCUCUCAAAAAUCGAGCCUAUCAAGGCUGUCUAUGGUCUACCGGGCCUCAAAUAUCAGGACACGAAAGGUCGCAUAGUCACGCUCGAGUUCGAGAAUACCUUCCUCGUUGGCACUUACGCCGUAAACGCAGGCGAAGGCCUCAAGACCAUGGCGACAAAGCAAGCAUGGAACACUGCGUUCGCUACCUAUCUCGCAUGGCUUGAUUCCAAGAAGCCUGUCAUCUGGUGUGGUGACUUCAACGUCGUCCAAGACGAGCGUGACUUGGCAGGAGCGUCCAAGAAGUGGAAUAAGACUCCAGGCUACACAGCCAUUGAAUGCGAUGCGCACCGCGAGCUAAUCCAAGGCACCGCAACACCAACAUCAAAGCCACUCGUUGAUGUAUGGAGGCAGAAACAUCCGGAUGCUGUCGGUCAUUACACUUUCUACGGCUGGCGAGGUUUCUGCAGGGCAAAGGGUAUUGGCUGGCGUCUUGACUCUUUCAUUCUUUCCGAACGCAUCGCAAGCAAAGCACUCGAAUGCGAGAUCCGACACGAGUGCUUUGGCGCCAGCGAUCAUGUUCCGAUCUACUGCGACAUCCAAGGACCAUUAUAG